AUGUUGAUGCAUGUGGUCAUCAAUGGGGACAUCAUAUUCAAUGCACAGGAUCCAGAACUACCUCCAGACUUCAUAUUUGGGGAUGACACGGAAUUCUUGCCAGAACCCUCGGAACUCCUGCACCUGGUCCAGUGGGAUGCGGGAGACGCGGAGUGCCUGCUGCAGCUGGUGAAGGAGCUGAUCCAGCAGUACCGCCAAUACCAGUGCCAGCGUCUGCGCGAGAGCUCCCGGCUGCUCUUCGAGUACGAUAGCCUGCUCAAGGACCCCAACUAUUGCAGGAGCAUGGAGAUCUACACUGGGCACAAGAACAGCUGGGCGGGGGAGUUCUCCGCUCGCUUCCUGCUCAAGCUCCCUGUGGAUUUCAGCGACAUCCCCGUCUAUCUCCUCAAGGAUACAUUGCUGGACCCUGGGGAAGAUGUGGCCCUUCUCUCCGUAAGCUUCGAAGACACAGAGGCAACCCAGGUGUUCUUUAAACUCUACCUGUCCCCCAGCAUUGAACAAUGUCUUCAGGUGCAGUAUAUCAUUCAAGGCUACCACAAGAGGAGAGAGUACAUUGCUGCCUUUCUCAGUCACUUUGGAAUGGGGAUGGUGGAGUAUGAUGCAGAGGGAUUCACCAAGCUCACUCCUCUCCUCGUGUGGAAAGACUUCUUUUUCCUUGUCCAUGUGGACCUUCCUCUGUACUUCCCACGGGACCAGCCCACCCUGACAUUCCAGUCUGUGUACCACUUCACCAACAGUGGGCAGCUCUACUGGCAGGUGCAGAAGUCCUACCCUUACAGCCCGCGAUGGGACGGCAACGAGAUGGCCAAAAGAGCCAAAGCAUAUUUCAAGAGCUUCAUUCCUCAAUUUCAGCAAGGGGCCUUUGCCACUGUGAAACUCUAGAAGUGUAGUGUGUGUGAAUGCGCUGCACAUAAGUGACAAUGUACGCUGUACAGGGACUCUCUGUAACUCCAUGUUGAGCUUUGUGUUUUAUGCUUUUCCCUGAAUUGUCUGUGUUUCCAUUUUAUUUAGUUGUUUUUUCACCAAAUUACAGAGAGAAAAUGCUGAAAUGCUGUUGCUAAAAUGGUUAGGGUCAGUAGUUCAGAACCAGUUAGUCUGUCAAUAGACAGAUGUUGGUCUUGCCCAGCCAAGGUGCUACAACCUCAAACAAGGCAUCACUUCUGAUCUUCUGAUUGGUUGUGAGAAAACUGGAAAAGGGCCCUGAACUCUUUGACUGGAGCUUGAUGUGAUACGGUCAUCUUCUGGAAAAACCUUCAGUGGUUCCUCUUGAUUCAUAUAAUACAUUCUUACUAGAGUGGUACCAUUACGUUAUCAUUCUACAGUUGUCUUAAUCUUUGCCUUGAGAGGAGUAUUCCUCAGUACAAUGUACAUUGGAGAGAAUACUGUAUGUUCCAUUUUUCAUUUGUAAAGACCUGUGAUCAUAUUUUAUUCACUUACUCCAUGAAGGUAUGUUACUAAAUGUUUUCUGUUAUAUUUUCAUUUCACCAUCUAUCUCAAUCACUCCUAUUCCCAAUAAACCCUGAAAUCCUGUACUGUCUGUAAAUACAUUCUUUGUUGUUUCAUUAUUAUUGCUUGUCACUAAGCCACUGAUGCACUGUGAUUAAAUUAUGGCCUGUGCUAAAUGUAGCUGUGUUUGAAAGAAAGGGAGAGAGAAACAGGGAAUGGGGGAUGGAUGGUGUGUGAGAGAGAGCGAGACUAACAG